AUGGCGCACUCCACUCCGUCGGCAUCUACUAGCUCUCAAGAAGAUUUGGGUUCCGAAUGUGGGCAAUCUGAGGAGUUGUUUACCGAGGAAGAAGACGCACCUGAGAUUAAGGACGCGCUCAGCAUUGUUGUCGACGCGUCUAACCGGGAGAGGUGGUCGGAUAUCGUUCUGGAAGCUCGGAAGCACAUGCGAUGCCACCCUAAGCACCCAGGAAGGGUUCGCGACGGAGGAAGAGUGUGCAUCUUGGUCGAGUCUUCCUCGGACGACGAAGACGAGAAUAAACUUCCACCAUGUCCAGCACCAGAACCAGAACCAGAACCAGAAAUAGAACCAGCCAAGCCCACGUUCACUCUCUUCAACCAACUGCCGAGAGAGCUGAGAGACAGCAUCCUCCUCGGGGCCAUCAACCCCAUCACCGUAACAGGCUGGAUCAAAAUUGACCUUGAGUGGCGCGCAGGGCCCCAAGCACACUUUUCCCGCCGCCGAAUCAGGUCGUGGGCCGCCAUCCCCCUUUACGCCGUCAGCCGGGAGACCAGAUCGCUGGCGACCACCGCCUUCGGCGCCCCGGACCCGCGGACCUUCCCGUUCAGCCCCGCACGGGACGUUGUGGAGCUGGCGUGGGAUGGGUCUAUGCUCCCCACCACGUGGAGAAAGGUGGGCGACUACAGGCUGGCCGGGCCCGUCAUCACGGGUCCAUGGUGUGGAGAGGGCGGGGACGGGAAUAACCUGAACGAUAACGACAACAACAAUAACAUUGAUGAGGAGUGGGCGAUGCCGGAGGGGCUUUGUGAGCGUGUGAGGACUGUCUUGGUGGACGGGCGCUACGCGAGGUUCGACUACGGGCUGAGGGAUGGGGUCAAGAGGCCGUGGGGCCUUGUGUUUGGGUUGUUGAAGGGGUUCUUUGCCGGCGUUAGGGUGUUGGGGGUGAGGUUGUGGGACUUGGACGACGAGGGGUUUGAGGGGAGCUUUGACGCCGCGGCGGGAGAGGCGCUUUAUCGGGUUGACCAGAUGGACUUUUUUGACGGGUUGGAGGAAGUCUGCUGGUUUGAGACUGAGGCUGAGGGGAGAGGCGGAGGAGGCGUUGCGUUUCCGAGGUUGAGGGUGUUGAAGGUCUUGCCUGAGAUUCCUAGGCGGGGGAGGAGGAGGCAUGAGUUCAGGUUUCGAAAGGUUAGGGGAAGUCAUUUUUUGGUUUUUCGCAAGGGGGAUACACCGACGGCUGGCCCUUAA